AUGCCCGCCCUGAUGAGGACCACCCUGCUCGAGCAGUACGAGCGGGAACUCCGCGACUUCUACGGCACCGUCCCCCACGCUCGGCGCACCCGGCUGCACUUUUUGGGCAACGACAGGACCUAUCUGCUGCGCGUGUGCCCCAAUGUGCCCGAGUACCGGCUGAAGGUGGUGAUCGAGUACUCAAUGUCCGUCGACUGUGCCUUCAUCGCCUGUUUCCUCCUCGCCACCCACGUUCGCACCGACGAGGUUCACACCCGCAUCCUCGAGAUCCUGCUCCGAGUUACUGGCGCCCUGCCGACCCCGCUCCUCUUGAAGCGCACCAACGAGGCACAGAAGAUGCGCGAUGCCCUCACCAACCCGUACAAAUGGUUCCACGCCAAGAACUUUCGAGAUCUCAUGGUCCAGCAGGUCACCCAGAAGUUCCAGCCAGCCAUGGCCAAAAUUCGCGCGGCCGAGUUUGGACCGGUGAUCACCGUCGAGCGGUUCGAGUGCGAGAUCUGCUGCGGCGAGAAGCCGAAGAAGAAGGCCGUCUACUGCACGGUUGAGGAGGAGGAGUCGGAAGAAGAAGAGGAGGAGCAAGACGAGCAAGAAGCGCAAGACACCCAGGAAGAUGAUGAAGACGAGGAUGAGCCGGUGGUCGGCGAGGGCGAGGAGGACGACACGGUCACCGCCGAUGAGAUCAGCGCCCACGGGGAGCAGGAGGAUGAGGAGAAGGGGCAUAAAUUCUGCCGUGAAUGCGUCAAGGGAUACGUGGAGGCGGCCAUUGACGAUGCCGUCUCGGUGUCGAAGGACGCCUCCGGGCUGCAGUGCAUGAUGAACGGCUGCAACGGCACCAUCAAAUAUCCCGUGCUCCGCAAGUGCAUCCCGAAGCGCGACAAGCAGACGCGCCGCCGUCUCUGGAAUCUGCUGACGAAGCACGCGCUGAUGGAGAGCGGCAUCCAGCUGGAGGAGUGCAUCUACUGCACCUAUGCCCAGGAGUUCGAGCAGACCCCCGACGUCAACAAGGUGUUCGAGUGCCUGAAGUGCUAUGCCCGGUUCUGCCGCGUCUGCAAGGUGAAGUGGAGCACGCACAUGGGCCAGAAGUGCGACGAGGUCAAGGCGUCCGCCCUGACGAAGGAGGAUCGCGUGCGGCUCGAGCUCGAGGAGGCCCUGGCGAACCUGUUUGUGCGCAAGUGCGGCCACUGCGGCAAGCUCUUCCAGAAGAUUGACGGGUGCAACAAGAUGACGUGCAGCUGCGGCAAGUUCACGUGCUACGUCUGCAACCACCUCAUCGCCGGCUACGACCACUUUUGCAACCACCCGACCGAGCCGGGCGCCAAGAACUGCCCGACCGGAUGUGGCCGCUGUAUGCUGUGGGCCGACGCGGACAAGGAGAGGCUGGAGAUGGGCAACGCCGUCCUCGAGCGUUUCAAGGGCAGGCUGGCCGACGACGUCCUCAAGGUGUACGCCGACGGGCUCGGCGAGUUCAAGCAG